AUGAGCUACAUCACUCGUCGGGCUCUGUCCACCCUUAUCCCACCCAAGGUACGAUUACCCGAGGAAUACCUCCCCCAUCGGGCAAUCGGUGCUGCUCAAGAUGCUGCACGUAUGGAACGUGUAGUCAACUUCUACGCCCGUCUCCCCCGUGGUGCUGCUCCUGCGCCUAAGCCCACUGGUCUCCUCGAGCGUUACCAAGCCCGCUACUUCAACGGAAAGAAGGCCUCGCCCAUGCGUAAGCACUAUUAUAUCUGUGUGAAUGCCACCACAAGAACCACCCUCACUAGAGGACUAUCGAUGGGGGAUCCUUGGUGA